AUGGAGAAAACCAAACAGCUGGAGGAGAAAGAAAAACAACUAAAAGACAAGGAUAUGGAGAUGGAGGAGAAGAACAGAGAGAUGGAGAAGACCAAACAAGAACUAGAGGAGAAGAACAGAGAGAUAACUGAGAAAAACAAAAGACUAGAAGAGGGCAAGAACACUCCCCCUGCUUGGAUGGUGGAGAAAACCAAACAGCUGGUGGAGAAAACAGAACAGCUGGAGGAGAAAGAAAAACAACUAAACGAGAUGGACAUGAAAAUGGAGGAAAAGAACAGAGAGUUGGAGAAGAUGAAAUUGCAGUUAGAGGAGAGGAACAGAGAGAUGGAGAACACAAAACAAGAACUAUUAGAGAAGAACAGAGAGAUGGAGAAGACAAAACAAGAACUAGAGGAGAAGAACGGAGAGAUAACUGAGAAAAACAAAAGACUAGAAGAGGGCAAGAACACACUUAAGGAGAAAGACAAACAACUGAAAGAUAAAGAUGUGGAAAUGGAGGAGAUGAAAAGACUUCUACAUGAGAGAGACAAACAUAUAAAAGAGAGAGAAAAGAAAAUCAAGGAGAGAGACAAGAGGAUAGAGGAGAGUGAGAAAAACUCCCAAGAGAAAGACAAACAACUAGAGAUGAAAGAUUUGCAGAUUAAAGACAGAGAAAAUAAUCUCAAGGAGAAGAUGCAACUUCUGGAGGAGAGCAAAACUACACUGAUGAAGAUGGAGAAGAUGCUGGAGGACAUGAAAAGAGAGACGGAGAAGAUGAUGGAGAAUGAGAAAAGAGAGAUGGAGAAGAUGCUGGAGGACAAGAAAAGAGAGUUGGAGAAGAUGCUAAAACAACUAGAGCAGAAACAUAAAGAGGUGGAGGAGAUAUCACAGCAGCUAGAAGAGAAGAACAAAGGCAUGGAGAAGAUGAACCAACAACUUGAUGAGAAGAAUAAACUCCUCCAUCAAAGAGACACAGAACUGGGGAACAUGACUAGACAAGAGAGGGAGAGAGAGAAUCUACUGGAGAACAUGACCAGUGAGUUGGAGACCAGUAGAACACAACUGGAGUCACUGGAAAAGGACCUGCAGGACAGGAACAGCCAACUACAGGACCUGAGAACCCAACUGCAGGAACAUGAGAGGGAGCUGGAGGAGAGAGACAAACAGCUGGAGGAGAGAGACAAACAGCUGGAGGAGAGAGAGAAACAGCUGGAGGAGAGAGAACAACAGCAUCUGACUGAGAAGGAAACCAGUAGAACACAACUGGAGUCACUAGAUGAGGAACUACAGGACCUGAGGAACCAACUGCAGGAAACCCAGAAGGAGCUGGAGGGGAGAAACAGGACAUUAGAGGAACAUCAAAGACAUUUAAAAGAUAAAGAUGUGGAACUGAUAAAGAACACACAACAACUGGAAGAGAAUCUUAAACUCCUACAGGAGAGAGACUCACAGCUAGAAACCAGAGAUAGAGAACUACAGGACAAGAACACACUACUGCAAGAGAUGAACAUGAAGAUAGAAAACAUCACACAACAGCUAGAAGACAAACACACACUCCUACAGGAGAGAGACACAGAGCUGGAGAACAUGACUAGACGAGAGAGGGAGAGAGAGAGUCUACUGGAGAACAUGAGAACCCAACUGCAGGAACAACAGAGGGAGAUGGAGGAGAGAGACAAACAGCUGGAU